UGUCAGAAAUUUGGACAAUACAACAAAGAUGAUCCCAACUCCUUCAGAUUGUCAGAAUCAUUUUCUUUGUAUCCCCAGUUCAUGUUCCAUCUGCGACGCUCCCCGUUCCUGCAGGUCUUCAAUAACAGCCCAGAUGAAUCUUCUUAUUACCGUCACCACUUUGCUAGGCAAGAUCUGACCCAGUCUCUCAUUAUGAUCCAGCCCAUCCUUUAUGCUUAUUCUUUCCAUGGACCUCCUGAGCCAGUGCUUUUGGACAGCAGCAGUAUUCUUCCUGACAGAAUCCUACUGAUGGAUACUUUCUUCCAGAUAGUUAUCUACCUUGGUGAGACUAUUGCACAGUGGCAGAAAGCUGGUUACCAAGACAUGCCUGAAUACGAAAACUUCAAGCACCUACUGCAAGCGCCGCUGGAUGACGCCCAGGAAAUCUUGCAGACUAGAUUCCCGAUGCCGCGUUACAUCCACACUGAACACGGAGGCAGUCAGGCCCGGUUCCUCUUGUCUAAAGUGAACCCUUCCCAGACCCACAAUAACCUCUAUGCCUGGGGACAGGAAUCGGGAGCUCCAAUCUUGACAGAUGAUGUUAGUCUCCAGGUAUUCAUGGACCAUCUGAAAAAGCUGGCAGUUUCAAGUGCAGCGUGACUUUGAUCUAACUGAGAAGCAAGAACAGAACAGUUACAUAGACCACGUUGAUGACAGAAGUGGAGCGAUUUAUUUACAUUUCCUUCUCUCUCUUUUAGACUAAGGUUUUUAAUUAUGAAAUAAAAUAUAUUUGGGGAGAGUUUUGUACUUGGCUCUUCUA